AUGCUACUGUAUUUGGUGUGUGGUUUUGUGGCGUUUAAGGCAGUCUCAGCACAAUGUACCGCAUGUGCUGAUCGUGCUCCACAGGGGAUCUGGGGAGAAUGGACUUCGACCGGGAGCAUCACAUAUGAAAGUGUUGGAAAGAACUUAACAUGUGGCAUGUGUGCUACCGUACCGCAGAAGCGGACCUGUUUGACGGCUCCAGAUUGCCCUUGCAGUGGCCCUUCCACCCAAGUUGGCGCUACAUCGAAUGAAAUCUGCUCCUUCGCUGACCAGACCUGUUGUCCUCCAAAUAAGAUGACGGUCGACCUGAAGCUCAAGCGCUAUGUGUGCAAAUCACCGAAUUCAUCGCCUGCUCCACAGAACGUCACCUGCUGCUCACCGGCCGCCGGUCUCUGGAAUCCGUGGUCCGUUUGGUCGGGAUGCAAUGGGGGUACCUGCGGUGGAUGCGGAACUCGAUGGAGGACCAGGACCUGUGCCUCGGAACCUUAUGGAUGUCCCUGCACUGGAAAAGCUAUCGAGGUCGGCUUCUGCGACUCGAUAUGCCCAUUUCCGGGUCCAACUUGCUGCUCCGGAUUUAUCAAGUCGAUUGAUGAAACUUUGAAGAAAGCCUACUGUAAAUUUGCAUCAUUUUUGCAGAUCGUCACCGUCGCUUGCCAGGGCUACGAGCAGCUCUACGUUGGCGUCGAAAUUCAAGACAGCGAUGCGGCUGUGCUUUCCUCAUCCAGCGGUGCCACCAGCCAAUUGCUUUCCGCCUCCGGAACCGUAAAAUGUGGGGCCGACGGCAGUUGGCCAGCCGGAGCGACCGGGAAGUUCUCGUGUGAAGCCUCAAUCCCAUAUGUGGCGCCAGUUACGACAACUACCACAACUGCAACGCCCCCUACAUGUUGUCCUCCGGAGGGUAUCUGGGGUGCCUGGACAACUACUGGAAGUGUCGUGCUGGGAGGUCCCUUCCUGAAUCUGACGUGCGGAAUGUGUGCGACAGUUCCGCAGAACAGGACGUGUCUUUCGGAUGCUUAUGGGUGUCCUUGCAGUGGAGCCUUUACUCAAAACAAGUGGAUUUCCAAUAUACUGUGUGAGUUCCCGAAUCAUGCUUGCUGCGGUGAUAAUGUGAAGGGGAAGGAUACGACGCUCAAGAAAUAUGUUUGUAAGCCUCCGGUGGCGCCGGAAGCCGUGAAAGCGACUACGUGUUGUCCAUCAGGUGGCCUCUGGAACCCAUGGAGCGCGUGGACAGCAUGUCCCGGAUUUUGCGGGAUGUGCGCGAUACAACAGAGAACGCGGACUUGCGCGUCGAAGCCCUAUGGAUGUCCAUGCAGCGGUCUGGCCAAGGAAGAACAGAAAUGCGGCGGGGCUAUUUGUCCUUUCCCGGGGCCGACCUGCUGCUCCGGCUACGCAAAGAGGCUCGACCCCGCCAAGCUAAUGUAUACCUGCCAGUUGUUA